CCAUGAUGUUUGUGAGAAAAUGGACAUUCCACGACUGAAGCCAUCAGAGAUUACAUUCAUCAAAGAAUAUGUCAUGGUGAUGGCACCAGUGUCCAAGACCCUAGAUGUUCUCCAGUCGGACAAAAUGGCAUACCUCGGAGUCUUGGUCCCCACAAUCAACAUUCUUGUUGAGAAGUUGCAGUCACUCAAGCAAGAAAACCUCCAAUAUUGUGUGCCAUUAGUUAAUGCCAUCAUCAGUGGUGUGAACAGAAGGUUCAGUUACCUUUCCGGUAAAAAGUAUCUCAUGGCAACGGCUUCACAUCCUAUGUUUCGUAUGUCUUACAUACCAAAUGAACAAAAAGAUGACAUCAUCUUAAGACUAAAACAGGAGCUUUCAGCAGCACACAGUCCACAUGUUGCAGAGACAAUUGUUUCAAGGAAGCCAGAAAAUGAAAGCGAUGAGAUCACAGACUACUUCUCCAGAAACCAGGAGAAUGUUUUGGAUGAAUUGAACAUUUAUCUACAGUCUACAGCAAACACACCUGAAGAUGCUUUCCAGCAUCUAUCAAAAAUGAAGAGAGUCUUCAUUAAGUGCAAUACUGGUGUCCCUGCCAGUGCCGCAUGUGAGCGGUUGUUUAGUGUUGGAAAGGACAUUUUCCUGCCAAAACGCAACCGUCUUUCCGACAGUCAUUUUGAGAAACUUCUCUUGUGUUGAAUUAACAGGUCAGGCACUUCUGCUUCAGUUUAGUUAAGAGAACAAAUUGAGUUGCCUAUACAUUUUGUUAUUGCCUGCUCUUAUUAGAAGGACACUGCACCUCAGUUCUCGACUGAUGGUGUGAAACCAUUCCUGUUUUGCUUGACUGGUAUAACAAUAACAGUGACUAACUAUGCCAGUUCAACUAAAAUACUUAACAUUUUCCAAGCGUUCUUACUCUUCAGUUGAGGCUUUUGUUACAUUACAAAUUAUAACAUUUUGACCCUUUGGAGGUUAAUGUUUUGGAUGAGCUUUCAGUCUACUGCAACUACACCAGAUAGUUCUUUCCCUGCCAGUGCCAUAUGUGAGCGGUUGUUCAAUGUAUUUUCUUGCCAAAAUGCAACCAUCUCACAAUCGGUAUUUUUGAGAAAAUGUUCUACAUGCAAUUUACGUUGGAUGUAUAUUUUGUUCAUGCAAUGUUGUAUU